GGCGGCAGGCGGCGGAGACGCCCCUUUGCCGGGCCUCGGGACCGGCCGGGGCUUUUUGUGCAGUGCCUGGCUGCUGCACAGGGUUCUGAGUGUGGAAGGCUCCACCAGGACCUGAACUCAUGAGACCCUGAUGGGACUCGGUGCCUGAGAAGAAAAGGCCUGGAAGAGAAGGAACAACUCACAGGACUUGGCACCCUUUUGACUCACAUCUGCAGCUGGCUGGCUCCAGGCAGGAAUGUUACCUGGAAUGUCAGAUUGAAGGGAAGCCAUCAUAAUUUGAGUUCACGCACCAUACUGUGGCAGUGAAUAAAAAAAGCAAAUUAAGUAUGCUCCCAGGUAGUAUCUCCUUCUCUGCCAAUCACAAAAUGUGUUGAAGGAUGUCUUCUGAGAAUUUUGUCACUUGAAGUCUUUACAAAUUUCAAUGGACUCUUUGGAAAUGCAGCUAAAGAAGUUGAAGGAUACUGGACAGCAGUUAUAUACUGUGCAAAUGAAUGACGGACAUAAUUCCUUGACCAUGUCCCCCAGACAACUUAGUGCUAAUAGAGUGACACGACCAGAUAGACAAGAAGCCCAAACCCUUUUGUAUCAAGGCUCAGAGGCAGAGGCUUCCAUGACAACCAUUGCUACGUGUGUAAAGUGCAAAAGUGUUCACAGAAUCCCUUUGCAGGAUUUGAAAAAGGACACUGGGCAAAGCCAAAAGGAAGAUAGGUUUGUCUGUUUCCAGUGCAGCCUUGGUGUUCCUCCCCCCCGUUUUCAUUUUGUGAACAGUAAUUCCAGUGCUACUCAGGUAGGAAAUAAAACGGAAGCCAUCUCAAGCCCGGUCAAUAAUAAGUUUAAGGUAAGGAACUUUAAGCCAGGAAAAUACUAUUGUGAUAAAUGCCGAUUUUCCACAAAGGACCCUCUGCAGUACAAAAAGCACACACUUCAACAUGAAGAGAUUAAAUUCAUUUGUUCUCACUGCAACUACAUUUCAUAUACCAAAGGAGAGUUUCAGAGGCAUUUGGUGAAGCAUACAGGCAUAUUCCCAUAUCAGUGUGAGUACUGUGACUAUGGUGCUAUUAGAAAUGAUUAUAUUGUCAAACACCGGAAGAGAGUACACGAGAGGGCUGGUGGAAAAUGCCUGCCCAAAACUGUUGCUAAGCUGGAGCCGAAAAUAGCCAGCACUUUGAAACAAAACACAGAACUUUUAAAAGCUUCCAGUUCAAGGACUACAUUUCAAAAUAAGUUGUCAGAUCAACUUUCCAGGUUCUCCCUCCACACAAAUAAAGACAAAAUGCACAAUACUGCGUUACCUGAAUCAAAGGAGUACCAAAAAGAUGUAGUGUGUAUUCCAAAUAAAAUGGCCCUUUCUGAGCCAAAUGGAGUCAGUCUGUUUGAGAACAAAAAUGUUGAGGUAGAAGUAUUAUCUCCUGCAAAAGAACCUGUUCAGCCAGGUAUGCCAUUAACAGUUGUGGCACCGGCGGAACUAGUUGUCCCUGCAAACUGUUUAGCCCAGUUGAUAGAUGUGAAAGUUGUCAAUGGGACACAGCAGCUUGUUUUGAAACUGUUUCCUUUGGAAGAAAAUAAUUGCCUUGAAGCUAAUGGAAUUGAUGGAGUUAAUUCUGAGCAUGUGCCUAAAGACAAGGUUUCAAAUGUACAAGAAAAAAAAGUAUGUGUAGAGCAAACAAAGUCACUAACAUUUGAGGGGAAUGUUGGAAAACUUGGAGGCACUGAUAAUCAUCAAUCUUCAGUUAACAGACAACUUAAAAAUGUGAAAUGGGUAAGGUCUUAUGAUUUUUUCAUGUCAAAUUCUGGUGUGUACAACCAUGGAGAAUCCUUUCUGAAUUUUAAUACAGUUGAAGAUUUGCAGAAAAAAAAUUAUUUGUAUCCACGCAGACCUGCACUUCCUUCCAUUGCCUUAAAAGGCCAUUCUCCAUCCUCUGUAGUAAAAAGCAGUGUUUUUUGUGGCUUUGGAACUGCAUCAAACCCUUUUCCAUGUAAGCCUGCUCUUUCUUUUGCUGAAGAUGGAAGAAAUUUACACAGUGACUCACAGCAGUCAUUUCCUCUUGCUACAUCACCUGCAGCCAUGUCCUUCUCUGGAGAAAAGGGCAUAUUGCCCAUAAGUGAAAAUAACUUGGAAUCUAGAAGUGAAAUCAGUGUUCCUUUAAAAAUGGGUUCCUCUUACAGAAUGCUGAAAGACAACCAAGUAGAAGAACACAAGGCAGUUUCGAAUAUAGGCCAGAUUUCCUCCCAACAUAAAAGUGAGUAUUUACACAUAAACAUAACUGGAGAAGAUGGAAUCAGAGCUCAAAAGCCAGGGGAUAAGCCUUUGGAAUUAAAGACUUCUGAAAGGAAUAACGACUCUUUUGAUGGCCCAGUCAUCUCAUCAGUAUUUUCUCUGAGCUCUGGAUCAGAAAAUGUCCCUGAAGGCAUUAAGUGGAAUACUUCAACCUCUAAAAUAAAGUCAAUUGAACUCUUACGCAGGAAGAUAGCUCAGUUAAUUGAAUCCUGUGGCAAGCCUUCAUCUUUGGCUGCAAAUAAUGCACAUCGUCGUUCCAUAGAGCAGUCCUCAAAGGUAACUUGCAAAGCUACUCCUGAAGGUAGUCAAGAAAUUAAUGUGUCAUUUACUGGCCCAGGCUAUUCCACAGGCACUCCCCCAAAACCUCAGGAUGAUUGUGUGGUUACUGGACAGUUUAUUCACAAGCAGAUAUAUCCACAGUGUGUAGAUGGCAGCGAUGGGAAAACCGAAAGCAGAGUAACCAGGAAGGCUCCUGUUGCUGCUCCGGUGUUGAUCCCCAAAGGGGCUGUGUUGAGGGUUCUCAACUCCUCUGAGAAUGCCCACAUUGUAGAGGCUACAUGUGAAGCACCUGUCGGUAUACCUUGCAAUGAAACACGGUUAAUAAAACCAGUUCCAUUCUGCCCUGUAAAACAGACACACUCAAACUUACAGCCUUUGGCAAAUGAAUGUGAGCCAAUAGACAUGUCCCAGAAUUUUGAGACAUCUCUUCGGCCUAAGCCAGGAAAAGAGAGUGUUCUCUGUAGCACCACCCCUAAAAGAAUUGCCCCUCUGAAUGGACAGCAAGGAAGCAGUGACUUAAAUAAGCAAGGGAAACUCCUUUCCAAAAAUCUUCCUCUAAAUAGAAAUAGAACCAAACGAGUAAAUUCAUCCAAGAAGAAAAGCAAAAUUCAGGCUGAUCCCAGCCGCUGUCUCAAGGAUCCAUCCAUUUUUCAGGUUGCAAGGCAACUUCGACUUAUAGCAGCUAAACCAGACCAGCUGAUAAAAUGCCCCCGGCGGAACCAGCCAGUCAUUGUGUUAAACCAUCCGGAUGUCGACUCACCAGAAGUGACCAACGUGAUGAAGGUAAUAAACAAGUACAAAGGCAACGUCCUCAAGGUUGUCCUAUCAGAGAGGACUAGGUGUCAGCUCGGCAUCAGACGGCAUCAUGUACGGCUUACCUACCAGAAUGCAGAGGAAGCCAGUCGGAUAAAAAGGCAGAUGAUGUUGAAAAUGAAACUUAAAAAAGUUCAUAAAAAUAACUACCAGGUGGUGGAUUCCUUGCCUGAUGAUUCAUCGCAGUGCAUAUUUAAGUGCUGGUUUUGUGGGCGGUUAUAUGAAGACCAGGAAGAGUGGAUGAGUCACGGCCAACGGCAUUUGAUAGAAGCAACUAGAGAUUGGGAUAUUCUUUCUUCUAAGGGCAAAUAAGUAAAAUAUUGGUCUUUGGAGCAAAAAAAAAUUUUUUUUUUUUGUUUAGUUUGUUCUGGUUUGGUUUUCUUUUUUUUUUUUUCCCCCUCUGAGUCAAUAGAAAUGCAGACUGUGGAAUGCAGAAAUGUGGAAGGAUUGUGAAUUCUUCAGAUCCCCUGUAGGAAUGCUGAGAACCAGGGGUCUUAACCUGAGCUAUGUGGCUGGACCUCAGAAGGUGUUUGAAGCCCUUGAAACUGUACGCACAAAUUUAUGCACAUGUGUUUUUCUGUAGAGAGGAUGUGAAACUUUCAGCAGGUUUUCAGUGGGAUCUGAGACCUUUCUUUGUUUAGCAGCCAUUUUUCUUAUUAGAUAAAGAUGUUUCAGAAUCCAUUGAGAGAGGCAAGUUUAGAGAGUUUUUCAUGUGCUCCUUCUAUCACAAAAUGCUACUGAAAAACCUGUUUUUUUGUGUCCACAUCCACUUUGGUUUUGCUUUAACUUGUGUCCUGAAUAUUUGAUACAUAAUGGGAAUUCUGUUUUCUACUGAUUAGUUAUCUUAGAUUUGGUUAUAGAAGAAUCUCUCCUCCACUUUAUAAUACCCUUUAUAAUACUCAUAAGGCACGGAGAGUCAUGUUGUAUUAGCCAUUUUAAAGAAAUGGUUCCGAGGGUAUGCCUGAAUCAACUACUUCAACGGCAGGUGUCAGGAGAAGACAGAAAACAUUUUUGAGCAUUUAGCUUCUGCCUUCCUUUUAGUAUCUUGAUUUAGUAUAAUUGGGGAGGGAGUGUGCAUUUUUGCAAAGGAAGGAUAGUAUCUAGAAUUAAGUCUCUUUGCCCUUCCCCCUCCCACAAAUAUAAAUUAAGUGACCAAUUUAAAAUGUGCAAGUACAGGUUUCUUACAGCAGGUAAAACUUGGGAGGACAAUUCCAGGUAGGAUGAUAAAAUUGUAAAAGGGAUUUAAAUUUAGUGUCCACUUGGGAUCUCAUCCAGAGACCUUGGCGUAUUCUUCCUUAGUUACUUAGGGAUCACAAAUGCUGUUCCCCCACGUUAUGGCCUAGUCCUCCUUGGCCAUUCUGAGCCAUUUACCUAAACAGGGCCAAGUGUGGGACAGAAAGCUUCCCUGCUCAACUCCUUUUGUGCCUUUGAGGCCCUUCAGGUUUUCCCUCAAGAAACUACUAGAAACAGGCAGGAAUCAACAAAAUUGAAACAUCCCACCAUUUUUGCUAAGAUUUUAGGCACACUAUCCCUUGUUUUCAUUGAGAGUAACAAUCUGCUUCUAAUUUAUCUUAGCCCCUGGUAUGUUCUCACCUAUUGCUUGCCUUUUCCUAGAACGGCCCAGCAGUUCUGAGAACACUCCUUUCCAUUCCCCUCUCCACCAGCUGAUGUCAGAACUGGUGCUGACCAACAUGGCACCUUUGUGCAAAUUAGAAAAAAGUGCACCCCCUGGGCGGUCACAGCUGUGCACCUUCAUCCAGAACACAAGUGGCACCACCACAGGCAACCCUAACUUGCUGUUUUCCUUCCUCUGGGUACUGCUCCUUCCCUAGAGAGUUUGUUCCCACAGUGGAUGAAACAAGCUGGAGGGUGGGGGGGAGCUGUUACAUCUGAAAAAGUCACCAGUGAGAUGACAGGCAGUCAAGUUGAAGACUUCUGUUUUUUUCACAUGGUCAAGUAUUAGAUUAUCCUCUGACAGGUGGGAUUAUAAUCUUUAGUUGGUUUUCAUUACCAACAUUUUCUAUGUGUAAUUCAGUACCUGAUCAUUAAGUUGAUUCAUUGUCUCAUUUUUAUUGCAACUUAAAACUUGCUAGAUUGAUUUUAUGUGUGUACACAUAUAAAUAUUUUUUACCAUAUAAAAAUACCAGUAGCUAGUUUUCUGAUUUCCCAUUUUAUAAUGAAAUGUGGUCCAGAAAAUGUAAAUCCUUUUUAUAUUCUAGAGAUAAUUUAUUUUGGGAAUACAUUUUUGUAACUCACUGAUCUCAUUGUUAGAAAAUGGAAGCCCAGAAAGUGAUGUGGAAUCUGACUUGUAUGAACAAACGGGAGUAGAAGCCCCUUGGGUCGUUCAUUACAGUAUUUAGCCCUUGUGCAUUUUCAGUUGGUGCUUUUUGGGAAAUGGAUUUUGGCUACUGCUUCAUUACCUAAAGGAGAACAUUCUAAAGUUUUAUCCACAUACAGAUAUGCACCCCUCCAGCAUGAAAGGAGACUCCUGAAAUGGUGAGAGGAGAGAACAAGAGCCUGUGAAUUUUACCUUUUUUUUUCCUUCUAUACCUCACCCCUCAGUAGCUUCUUUGCUGAAAGGCUAGCCUGGGAGUUGGCCAGAAAUCCAGUCAGAGUAUUAAGUAUCUACAUGAAAUAUUUACACUUUGCAGCUUCAGCUGUUUUUCAAGUAUUACCUAAAACAUAGAUUGAUACUGGCAUGGAGCUGAAUCUGGAAAGUAGUAAAUGUAGCAAACUUUUGGGAGUCUCAGGACUACAAUACUUUUUAAGCAGUUAAGAGGGUUCCUGGAAAUCAUAAAAUGCGAAAAAGUGACUGUUUCCCCUACAUAAAGAGUUUUGGAGUAUAGGUUGUUAGUAUAUAGGAAACUGUCAUGAAAUGAACACAUUUCUAACAAAAUUGGAGGGAGUAGGGCCAGGACUGUAUUUGUGUACUCUUACCGUGAUUUUGAAGGAAUUCUUACUUAUUUACAUUUUAUUAAGAGUAGUUACUAACAAAAUUAUUUUAAACUUAUUUUUUAAUGUUUUCUUACAUUUUUGGCAGCCAGAAAUGAGAUGACCUUGUUAUAUUUAAGGUAUAGGCAAGUAGAGUAAAAAAAAAAUUAAGAAUGACUAAUAGAUUAUAUUUUGUUCAAGUUUUUAUCCCCAGCCAGUAACAUCUUCUGAGCCCUCAUUAUGGGCCAUGUGUUUGUUGAACUAAAUAGCACAAAGCAUUAACCCUCAAAAGCUCCAGCCCACUUCUUUAGGACAUGCUAUGUAAGUCAUCCCAAAAUGAAGAUGUGAUGUUGCUCAGCUUUUGGAAUAACUUUUGAAUUCCUAAAUGUUAAAAUGAGCAGAAAACGAAAUAUCGCGUAACAUAUUUUAAGCAUUAUAGGUCCCGUUUCAACAUCUAUGUUCUGCUGCUCUGGUUUUGAAACAUGUUUGUUUAUAGAUACUGAGGUGUUGGCCUAAAUCGUGUUAAAUAAAGCCUCAAUAAAUUUUUCUCUGCCCUUUUAUUUCA